UAUAAGUCACCAGUUACGAAUAUAGGUCACCAAUAACGGAAUAUAGGUCACCAGUUACGGGGCCAGCCAGGUACUGAACAUGACCGCAGGAGCACUUCCUGUCAACCUGACGCUGAACUGCAGCAUGCCGUAUGAGACGCAUCGCGUGCCCCUCGUCCUCCUCUACAGCCUGAUGUUCAUCGUGGGGGUACCUGCCAACCUGGUUACCGUCUGGAUGACCCUGGUCCAGGUGAGGCGUAAGAACGUGCUGGGCGUCUACCUGUUCAGCCUGUCGGUGUGCGACCUGAUGUACCUGUGCACGCUGCCCUUUUGGGGGCUCUACAUCUACCGCCGGCACAGCUGGGUGUGGGGCUCGAUGGCGUGCAAGUGGAUCGGCUACAUCUUCUUCAACAAUAUGUACAUCAGCAUCUUCCUGCUGUGCUGUGUCUCCGUGGAUCGCUAUGUUGCCGUGGUGUACUCCUUGGAGUCCCGAGGCAGCCGCAAGACAAGGCACGCCUGGGCCAUCACCGCCGCCAUUGUGAUAUUCGUGGCACUUAUUCACGUCCAGGUGUUCAACAUGGACGAGGGGUCGGCGGACGCCCAGCAGGAGCAGCGUUGCUUUGAGCCGGGCCAGAACAGCGCCAUGGUGACGGGCUUCAACUACGCCCGCUUCCUGAUCGGCUUCCUGGUCCCCUUUUGCAUCCUGGUGGUCACCAACCGCACCAUCCUCUCCAGCAUCCAGAAAAGUGACAGCAUCAAGGUCAUGCAGAAGAUCAAGGUGCGUCGGCUGGCUCUGUGCGUGGUGGCCAUGUUCCUGGUGUGCUUCGCGCCGUACCACGCCAUCCUCCUCAGCCGCGCCAUCAGCUUCCACGCCGUGGAGGACAAGUGCGCCUUCGACAGGAGCCUGUACACCCCCUACAGCAUCUGCCUGGGCCUGUCCACCAUCAACAGCGCCAUGAACCCCAUCCUGUACGUGCUGUCCAGCGAUAACGUGAGGAAGGAGGUGCGCAGGGCCAUGAGCAGUAUAAGAAGCUGGGGGAGCUCGCAGCGGCACCAGGUCACCGAAAGCAGCGGUGGCCCACAGAAGGGUCUCAGUGCUGCCUCGGAGGCACGCGUCUGCAAAACAGGGCAGUGAAAACUUGGCUUCCGGCUGCCGCGUCAUUUCACUCAAAUGCCUCCCUCGUUUCACCUUGACACAGGUGUUAACCUAGCCUGGGAAAUCCCAUGCUACUUUGCACAAUCGUUCUGUUCUGUCUCAGUUCUUUUCAUCUUGCACCAGAUUUUACGAUGGGGAGUACAGUUUACGUGAGAACUUAAUCAAAGUCUCUGGGAUGUGAUGUUAGCGUACACUCUCUCACAGGCAGGUUGUCUGUGAAAUAGAAAGGAAACCCUGGAAGAACACCACUGAUGAGUAGUAGUGACUUGUGGAUUGUGGACAUGGAUCUCUUGGGGGGAGACAAGUAUGGCCUUCCCUUACAUGUUCUGGGAACAAGAGGACCUGCAGUUCUGGACAAACAAAGAUUGAUGGAUAUUAUUUGUACCAUAUCAUAUGGAUCUGCUGUUCUGGACCUGGGAGAAUAGGCGUGCACAGAUAGGGAUACGGUGGUGCUAGACCAGAGCACCUACCCCUUUGUCCCACUGAAAGUUCCUUUUUUUUUCUAAAAAUAUACUGUGGACUUGAUCACCUACAAAUGCUUGACGAUCAAUAGCAUGUCACAAAAAUGCCCAGAUAUAUAAUAUAUAGCCACUAUACCCAGCGAGGCAGCUGGAAGUUCCACAUGCCCCGCACCUGCCCUCGAGCAUCUGCCCCUCAAAAUGUCUGUGCACGCCCCUGCCUGGGAGCCUGGAAUUACAAAGAUGUUGUUGGAACUGAGAGGUUGAACCAAAUACUGUGGACUUCUGGACUUGCAAACAUGGUAUUCCAAAGAUAUUCUCAGAGUAAAAACAAUGUUUGGUAGGUACACUGUAAAACAUUGCAGCCAGUUAAAGGUAAAAAAGCAAGUAGCUCUGCUGCCUCAACGUUCUCGGAACGGUUUCACCGUUUGGCCUUAUACCUUAUAAGCUGACCAUAUUUACGUACAUUCUGUUUAUCUGCAUGUUUCUGUAGCGUUUCUGUAGCAAGACAUUAUGUGACCUACAGUACCUCCCUCCUACAGCCGCAGACUCGUUGACAAUAGGCAUAAUCUGCUCACAUCUGUUCUGCUGAUUAGACUGAUGCGUAGGAGUGUGCUUUUGCACAUGGGCCCCAUAGAGCUGAGCUACUGUGAGUACGACAGGGUGCAUUGCUUCUCAAAGUCCUUAACCCUUAUGCUUAUACGCUUGAUCUAGUCAGACUGUGUGCAAUGUGCAGUGAUCGUUAAGGGACACUGUGUGAGAUGUUUAGUUAUUUAUUUCCAGAAUUCAUGCUGCCCAUUCACUAAUGUUACCUUUUUCAUGAAUACUGACCACCACCAUCAAAUUCUAAGUAUUCAUUAUGACCGGAAAAAUUGCACUUUUCAUACAUGAAAAGGGGGAUCUUCUCCAUGGUCCACCAUUUUGAAUUUCCAAAAAUAGCCAUUUUUAGCUGCAAAAAUGACUGUACUUGGAUCUUACUAGAAAGUAUUUGUUUAUUACUUAAACUUUCAUGUAAAUAUCAAAUUUAGAAAAUUUAAAAAUAGGCAGCCCAGUUUCAAUGAGCAGCAUAGUUGCAGUACCUUUUUUGACCAUUUCCUGCACAGUGUCCCUUUAAAGCAAAAUGGAAUGAUCAAAAUGUUGUUGAUGGGGUUUGAGUAUAAUUUUCCCCCUUAAUUAUGUGGCUGAAGGACAGCCACGAAUAAAAAGAAAAACCUUAGUCUAGCUUCUCAGGCUAAGGAUCACUAACUCUACCAAAAACUUAAGUAGUAUUUCACUUAUGCACAACUCUGCUGAUCUACGAUAGCAUCCAGUUUUGACUGCUAGUCAUUAUACUUGACUUUGUAGCUUGUGCACAUGUUCAGUUAGUCAGAAGCUCUGUAUGAGAACUACCAAGCCUGUCUACUGAGUAUCCUGUGGGCUGAGAUUGCACGUAAUCACACCAGCAGACAUGUACUCACCCACAUGCAUACACAAACACACACACACAUAACCACAUUCGAGCAGGUAGUUAUGCGCACAAAGGAACAAAGGAAACUCAGACAAUUCUUCAAGUUGCUUACGAGAGCAAAAAAAAAACAACAGACAAGCACAUUGCACAAGAACGGAACUCAAACUCAGCCACUGGAUUCAAAAAUGUGCAUCUACGAUUGUUGGCUAUUUUGUUUGAUGAGGCUGUGUACAAUAUUCAAUGUCAUAGCAGGCCUAUCAGGGGAUGUACAGUGGCCUUGCCCUCGGAGACCCCAUUGUCGUGUGCUGAGGUGUGCCACAGACUGUGGUGUUCACACCCAAACCACCUAUAUACAUAAUAAGAAAUCACAACUGCACAACUGCUGUUUCAUUAGUGCAGCACUCUGCACAGGGAAGCCAACACGGGAGAGGAUGGGCCAGAUGCCUCGGGCCCAGGGAGGGGGAGGCAGCAUUAAGGGGAGGGCCCAUACAGAUGACUUUGUCCAAGGCCCAGCCAAAGCUGUCAGUGGCCGUGACUCUGCAUGCAAUUUAAAAUAUCUGAACACAAGAGAAAAUUACCAGAAUUCUUUUCAUGAUAUUUACUAUAGGCCUAUACUAUAUUUAUGAUGUAGAGAUUUAUCUCUGGGGAAGGUCCAGUAUAAUCUUAUAGCACACAGCAUACUGUAUGAAUGAACAGUAACAAUACACUCAUGAUGUGGCAUUAAAAUGCAACCGUCAUUGGUGAUUGUGGUUGUGAUUGUGAUUAUUUGUUGCACUCUAAACAGAAUCUUUGCACAACCAAGUCCUGAUGUAUUACUAAAGGCUCUGUGUCAUAGUGGUGUAGCACUAUGGUAGUUAAGUGUUUUUCAG